AUGAAUGAAACUUCAAAAAAUGACAAAAUCGAAGAGCUUCCCGUCUUCCACCCCACGGGCCAUCUCACUCCCCGAGCCAUAGGCAGUUUGCUGAUCCCAAGCUUUCUACACCACCAAAAGACGCCACCUAAGUUACAUUCGACAUCAUGGCUUGACGGUGCUCGUGGUAUCGCAUGUAUGAUUGUGGUCACCUAUCAUCACUCCCUCGUAUUUCACCAAAGAGGAUUAUAUGGAUAUGGAGAAAUUGGUUUAGAUUAUGCAAUGCCCGGCGUGCCAGAUUUUGAGAAGGCCGAGAAUCGCUAUAUCAUGCAACUCCCAUUUCUCCGUCUACUACAUGCUGGCUCAGCAAUGGUCAGCCUAUUCUUCGUGAUAUCCGGAUAUGCCUUAUCAUUCAAUCUCAUCGGUCUACUACGAAAACAAAGAUGGACAACAUUUCUUACCAAGCUCACAUCCUCCGCCUUCCGGCGUCCAAUACGACUUUUUGGUCCUGUCAUGAUUUCCUCCUUCAUCAAAGCCGCCUUGACAUUUCUAGGUGUCUACGAACUCACCCGGGAAUUCAGAGAGUCACCUGCCCUCUUCAACAAACCUGAUUUCGCUCCACGGUUACCAUUAUUUCAACAACUUUGGGACUGGUUUACGAAAACACCACAAUUUCUUGACAUUCUGAACUAUGUCAAUGGGCAAUUUCCGUUGUAUGCGCAACCGACUUGGACUAUUCCGCGCGAAGUGAAAUACUCCUUCGUUCUUUAUAUUCAGAUUCUAACGUUAUCUCGCGCAAAAACGGCCACGCGCAUCUCGCUUCUGGCGGCAUCCAGUAUCUGGAGUAUAAAGUCGUAUUACUGGGAGACCUUUUGUUUCACUUGGGGGAUGAUACUAGCGGAAUUAGAUGUCAUACGGCAGGAGAAUGUCACUGAUGAGUUGACGAAAUCUCCUCAGAGUAGCAUUCGACCUUCGAAAGGUCUAGGUUCGCAGAUGCGGGGCUUGCUAUUUAUCAUAAGUCUAUACCUGCUUGGAUUCCCAGAAAGACAUUCGGAAAGGACACCUGGUUACGUCUUCGUUACAAAGAUCAAUAUCCUCGCCAAAGAUGAAUGCAGGUUCUGGCCUUCCGUGGGAUCUGUUAUCUUUCUUUGGGUUGUCGGGACUAGUCCUACCCUCCAAAAACUCUUCACCAAUGCGUUUUCUCAGUAUCUGGGUCGCAUUUCUUUCGCUGUAUAUCUCGUCCAUGUAUUCAUACUUGAUACAGCUGGUCUGUUGCUUCUUCAAUAUGCUUGGUCAAUAACAGGAAUAGACACCAUGGUAGGACACGAACUUGGUUGGUGUCUUAGUUAUCUCGGUUUGCUACCAAUCAUCAUCUGCGUGGCUGAUGUCUUCUGGAGAUUGGUUGACUUGAAGUGUUUGGCACUGUCGAGGUGGGUAGAAAAUAAGUUCUGCGAAGCCUAG